GAAAGUCAAGUCGUGCUGGACUGGCGUGAUCUUGUCGCACUUAUUUCAAAUAAAAGAAAAAGGACCAAAACCAGUAAAGAACCAUGCUUUUAAAAUAAUGCAUCAUGUCGAUCGGGUCUUUGCGAGGCAUGGCUUUCAUUUGGACGAGCUUAUUUCUGUUUUGCGCGAGAAGUGUUUGUGAGACUCAGCACAGCGAUACCAGUAUCUAUUUGGAUAAUAUCACGCGUAUAUUGGAUAGAUUACUGGAUGGUUAUGACAACAGGCUGCGACCUGGAUUUGGAGGUCCUGUCACAGAGGUCAAAACUGACAUAUUUGUCACCAGCUUUGGACCUGUUUCAGAUGUAGAGAUGGAGUACACCAUGGAUGUGUUCUUUCGUCAGACAUGGAUUGAUGAACGGCUAAAAUUUGAAGGCCCGAUUGAGAUCCUGCGGCUAAACAACCUUAUGGUCAGCAAAAUCUGGACUCCUGACACAUUUUUCCGGAAUGGCAAGAGGUCAAUAUCUCACAACAUGACCACUCCGAACAAGCUGUUCCGCAUCAUGCAAAACGGAACUAUCCUCUACACCAUGAGAUUAACUAUAAAUGCAGAGUGCCCCAUGCGUCUCAUGAACUUCCCGAUGGAUGGCCAUGCUUGCCCACUCAAAUUUGGGAGCUAUGCUUACCCCAUGAGUGAGAUUGUGUACACAUGGAAGAAAGGACCUCAGUCUUCUGUUGAAGUUCCACAGGAAUCAUCUAGCUUGUUGCAAUAUGACCUUAUAGGUCAGACAGUGUCAAGCGAAAGGCUGAAAUCUAACACAGGUGAAUAUGUCAUAAUGACUGUCCACUUCCAUCUUCAAAGGAAAAUGGGUUUCUUCCUGAUUCAGACCUACAUUCCCUGCAUAAUGACUGUCAUUCUGGCGCAAGUUUCCUUCUGGAUCAAUAAGGAAUCUGUUCCAGCUAGGACCGUGUUCGGUAUCACCACUGUCCUGACCAUGACAACUUUAAGUAUCAGUGCACGACACUCCCUCCCAAAAGUCUCCUAUGCCACAGCAAUGGAUUGGUUCAUAGCUGUUUGCUUUGCAUUUGUCUUCUCUGCCCUCAUUGAGUUUGCGGCUGUCAACUACUUUUCAACACUCCAGGCAAACAGAGAGCUGCGGAAGGCAGCAGCCAUUAAGGCAGCAGCUCAAGAGGCUGCAGCUGUGGCUCCAGCAGGAAGCACAGGGAAUGAGGGAGACAUUUCAUCAGUAAGUCAGGUGGAUGCCAGUAGUGUAUUGAAGAAGAGGAUGAACUCUGCACCAGUUUUUGAGCGCCCUGCAAAAACGUUCCCAAACCCUCCUGUCAAUGCCCAAGCUUUUCUACAGCAAGGCUCAGCAGUACCGGCCAACAAUGUUCUGACAGGCACCAGCAUCAUUGACAAAUACUCUCGCAUCCUCUUUCCCCUUUCGUUUGGCGCCUUUAACUUGGUCUACUGGAUAGUCUAUCUCACCAAGGACACAAUGGAGAUGUCAAGGGACACUGUCUAAGAUUAUGUCUUCCUGGAGAAUAUAAAGACCUGAUUACUCAACAUUCACACAAUCCCCCAUAUACCCCCAAACACAAAAACACACACACAUUUUUACUCAUUAAAAUAGAUGACAGACGCUUGCCAAGCACUCCAGCAUUCUAUUUUUUUAAGUUCUCCCUUUGAAAGUAGGCCUUUUGAGAGCAGAUGUACCAACUCUGAUUGCCAACUUUUCCAGGGCUGCAUGUGGGACUCCAAUUCCUUGAUCCAUUUCCAACAACAACUACUCUCAUUUUUUUCCCGAUCAUCUAAUGUUAUGAAAAAAUAAGAUAUGUUUAUAUGUAAGGACCUUCUUAAUUUGUAGAUCUGUCUAUUAUGCUUUGCCAAAUUUGAUAGAAAAAUACUUAAAAAUACCUAUAUUGAAGAAGCAUAUACUGUACCAACUACACAGAGUGUCUCUGUCACAUGUAUUUAUUCUUUUUAACUUUAAAAAAUAUCCAUGCACUUUAAGUGUUU